AUGACUAGAGGCAGUUGGACCAGCGUAGCAAACAGUGUUUGGGACAAGACGAACUUCUCCUGGGCUUUGCCUGAACAUUCUCUGCUACAGCCUGCCUGGGACUACCUACAGGAGCACCAUCACGCUAGCUUACGCUCUCCUCUCUUUCCUGUGGUUCUCUCCGUCACCACCUACCUCCUCCUGGUGGUGCUGUACACUGCUCUGGAUCUCCUGGCUCCCACCUGGCCCUCAAUCAAUAAGUACAAGAUCCAUCCUCAUCGUCCCAUCACCUGGCCGAAAAUCUGGAGCACGCUGGGCCUCACCACCUAUAACCACCUGGUGUAUAUCUUCCCUGCCGCCGUUGCUCAGUGGCUUUGGCGUCCGCCCAUUCCACUGCCUCGCGAAGCUCCCACUCUGACUCACUUCUUAUUGGGUAUUCUAGGAUGCACCGUGGUGUUCGACUUUCAGUACUACCUGUGGCACCUGCUUCACCAUCGUGUGGGCUGGCUGUAUCGCACUUUCCACGCCAUUCACCAUCAGUACAAUGAGCCAUUCAGCCUGGUUACCCAGUACCUGUCUGCCUGGGAGCUGUUCAGCGUAGGUUUCUGGACCACCGUAGACCCUCUCAUUCUCCAGUGCCACUGUCUUACUGCGUGGGGCUUCAUGGUCUUCAACAUCUGGGUGUCGACGGAGGACCACUGCGGGUACGACUUCCCCUGGGCGAUGCAUAACCUGGUACCCUUUGGAUUGUGGGGAGGGGCACUGAAACACGAUGCCCACCACCAGAAGCCUGGCACCAACUUUGCCCCAUUCUUCUCACACUGGGACUGGCUUGGGGGCACAUCGUUCUCUCCGUCUCCAUCCAAGACUCUGAAAGGGAAGACGGAUAAAAGAGCCUAA